AUGGUUUUUAUCAUUCUCAUUAUCGUACUACUACUACUACUACUACUACUACUACUACUACUACUACUAUCAUUAUUAUUAUUAUUAUUAUUAUUAUUACUAUUAUUAUUAUUAUUAUUACUAUUAUUAUUAUUAUUAUUAUUAUUAUUACUAUUAUUACUACUAUUAUUACUUCUAUUAUUACUACUAUUAUUACUACUAUUAUUACUACUAUUAUUACUACUAUUAUUACUACUAUUAUUACUACUAUUAUUACUACUAUUAUUACUACUAUUAUUACUACUAUUAUUACUACUAUUAUUACUACUAUUAUUACUACUAUUAUUACUACUAUUAUUACUAUUAUUAUUAUUAUUAUUAUUAUUAUUAUUAUUAUUAUUAUUAGAUUACCAGCCGGACUUCAGGAUUUUUGGUGUUCGCUUCGCUCGCCCUCACUGA